AUGAGCUCGACAAUUAUAGCAAGUCUUCCCAGGCGAAAUAUGUCUUCUACAGCUCCAUUCGUGAUUGCCGUUUCCAAAGACCCGGCGCCUAGGGUCGUCGCUUCGAUAUGGGCCAUGAUUUCGGUAUCGACUGUUUUUCUGUUUUGUCGUGUUUAUUGCAAGAAGAUCAGAUCCCGUGGCUUAUGGACCGAUGACUAUCUCUUGGUGGCGUCUUGGACAUUCCUGCUAGUCUCGACGUCUCUCACCACAGAGCUCAUGAGACUCGGGUUUGGAAAGUCGCUAGAUUUCUCAGCGCAUAUUUUCACUCUGUCGUCUGUCAACGUCGUCAUGAACAAGGUCGCCUUGGCCCUCAGCAAAACGUCUUUUGCAGUCACAAUUUUACGCAUUGCGUCUGGGAAAUUGAAGAUUUUCAUUUGGUUCCUGGUUUUUUCCAUGAACGCAGUCUUGGCAACUAGUGCUGUCGUCGCCUGGAAAGCGGCCUGCGAUAGACCGUCGGACUCUUAUGAAGCUGUCCUACCAGGAUCCUGCUGGCGAGUCGAGGAUUCGGUCGUUAUGCACAUGGUAUCAAAUGCAUACUCGGCACUAGUUGAUUUCAUCUUGUCCCUACUCCCAUGGCCGAUGAUAUGGAGACUAGCCUUGAAGCGCCAUGAGAAGAUUGGUGUGGCCGUAGCCAUGAGCCUCGGUGUCAUUGCAGGUUUAGUCGGGGUGAUUAAGGUCAUCAAAAUAGUGACCAUCGCCGAAGGCGCAGAUAUACCAUAUCGCCUGUCUCUGCUAUUCAUAUGGGGACAAGCUGAGAUCAACGUCACAAUCGUUGCGUCAUCUAUCCCGGUUCUACGAGUACUGUUCUCGGAAAUGUACGCAACGACGAGGUCGGAUGAAAGAAAUGGAUAUUUGAAGUCAGAUGGACAGAGCGCCUUUCCAACGGAAAUUGGCAUGAGCACUCUAGAGGAGGGAAGGAAGAUAGAACAAGAGACGAACCGGAAUGUUUUGCUUGCCAUGGGGCCAUCGCCGACUACCGACUCCGCCAUGAGAGCUCGCGAGACUGAGAUUGGAUAUAACGCAAUGGACGAGAUUACGCAGGGAACACAGAGGCAUACAUUGAGGAACUCUGAAAGCUAUGAGAGAAUUGAACUAGCGAGAGCCCUGAGGUGACGAGGGAAUAUUUAUUAGUCAAGAUAUCUCAGAGCCAUUGAGCCAUAGACUCGGAAAGCACAUGUCAUUGUACCCAUUUCGCCUUCCUUUGUCAAAACUUAGCCUAAUCCGUGAUCUGGGUCCAGUAUCUAAGCGCAAAAGUCGUGAAUCACGACCUCUAUCACCGAUGCAACUUCCCGAAUGCUCGCUACGCUCACCCAUUCCUCCUUGCCGUGGAUCCCAAAACUCCUAAGGCCAUAGACAACCGAUGGGAUACCGAUCUCGUUCAACAAUGCAGCGUCGCACCAGAAAGAACACGCAACAGGCUUUUGCGCUUCACCUAGACACUUCGAGGUAGCAGAGAUGAAGG